AUGCCAGAUAUCGCCACUUACCCUGAGAGCCAGGUGUGCAAGAAGUGUAAUCUCUACAUCUCUGAGGGACACGCGUACGAGCUAGGAGAUGAUCGCUGGCACAUUCACUGCUUCAAAUGCUCCAAAUGUGACCAGUCAUUGGGUUGCAACUCAAAUUUCCUCAUCUUGGGCGACGGCAAUUUAAUUUGUUCUUCGUGCUCGUAUAAUUGCAAACAGUGUGGGAAGAAAAUAGAUGAUUUGGCCAUUUUGACUGGGGACCAGGCGUACUGCUCCUCUUGCUUCAAGUGCAGAGUUUGCAAGUCCAAAAUUGAAGACUUGCGAUACGCCAGAACUUCCAAGGGGCUUUUUUGCAUGUCCUGCCAUGAGAAGUUGGUUGCCAAGAAGAGGAAGUACGACAUGAAGAAGAAACAGAUGGCUCAAUUGGAGCUGCUGCUGAAACCGCCAACGAGUCUGCCGGGAAGCAAUGACAGCCCGCUUACCCAGUCACACAGCAACUUCUCCGACAUUUACCUUAACUACCACAAUAAUUCGCUGGCCUCGAUAUUCAAGGAUAAAGCGCUACCCGACCCGACAAAGCAUGUGGCGGCCACUGCGCCAUCAGAAACACCGCAGGUGCAUAAGACAUCUUCAAGAACAUCGCAUACAUCGACACCUUCACAGUCAACUCCACAGCAGAAAACUACAGACAGCAUUAGCAUCAAGGACGGCAUUGAGGAGGUGAAUGAUUCCGACGACGAGUUGAACAAGAGGCGGGCCGCUAGACUUCAGGGUGCGUCGGAGCGAAAGAAUACCCCUAAACAAGCUCCUCAGGACAAUAUCCUCGAGCUUAUCGACUCAUUUAGUGGGCCCAACACCCCUCUUGCAGAACCUGCCGACACCUUCAAACCACCAUCAACCGCGUCACAUGCGACACACUCGUUGCCCCAGUCUUCUCAUCUGGGAAGUCAGCUCAGCACACCAAGGGACUCCCAAGCCAAACUGCACCUUCUGCCACGCAAACAAGAAAACGAUUUAUCUAACUACGCCACACCGACAACAGAAUUCCCCAAUUCGGGAUUGGGAACCACUCCCUCGCUUGAGCACACUGAAAAAUCACCACCACAAAAGGAGUUGCUAUUGUUAUCUCCAUCUCAGUAUCAUGAUACUCGUUUCCAUAGCACCAUAGCACCCUCGCUGGACAACUUGACCGUGACCCCCGAUGACUACACCCGACGGUCUGCUGCAUCGUCCCCAAUGGCAAAGGUUAACAGACAAGCUAGAGUAGUGGAGACCAAUGAUGAAAUACUGGCCACAGAUAUCGGUCUGGAGUACAAUUCGAUCGAGAAUCAGGCCAAUACAACACCGAAGAAGUCAACUGCAAACAUCUCAAGCAAAGUAAUGGCCUCUCCACCCCCUAGGUCGGCUUUACCGAAUGUUCCUGCUACCCCCAAACGACAAGGCCAUCCAGAAUCUUUCGAACCUCGGGGAUUAGGACUUGAGAAUGUUGAAUUAUCCAAACCCAACAGAGUUGUUCAGCCUGCCACGCCAGCCGUGACAAAUUUGGAAGAUUCGAUUGAUGAAAAGGCUGACGCAGACUCCCAUUCCACUCCUCAAUCUGUGGGUCGCCGUAACACAUUCAAGGGCGCAAAAAACUUUCUCAAACACAAGCGUUCUACAUCCAGUGGACUGGGAAGUGGCAAGUUUGGAAGCUUGUUCAAGAAUAAAGAGGAUUCAGUGCCCAACCAUGCUCGUCAUGUUUCAGAUGGCUCAAUCAAUCACCACCUGGCUUUUACAACACCUCCUUUACCUCUCAGCUCUCCUAUGAGGCAAGGCUCCUUUGGGGGUGGUCACAAUCGCUCUACUUCCGAUUCUCCCUACGUUCCCAAUUUGGAUCUUCAAGGAGAACGCUCGAGACUCGACACAGAGAUGCGCCACUUGCGACUUGAAAUCAACCUGCUUGAAGGUCGCAAGCAGACAAUCUUAUCAGAGAUUGUGAAGUUGGGUUCUGAAAAGACUAAAGUGUCUGAUGCCCUUCUUACAAUAAAACAAAAGGUUGCCGAUGAACUGAAUUCUCGUGACAAGAUACUUCAGCAUAUCAAUGAAUUGGUUGCUGAGAAGAGAAGAUUAACGGAGGAGAACCAGCACUUAAAAGAUGUCAACGCAAGAUUAAAGCGUGAAAACAAACGUCAUAAUGAGUCCUCUGCUACGAAUUCUACUCCGAGCCAAUUAUCCACGGAAAACGCCGAAGGCUCGUCAUCAUCCGUAAAUCUCACGUACGACGCUCAAGUGGAGGAUCCUGGAGAAACUCAAAAGGCUACCAGACUCAAAUUUUGGCGCAGACCCAAAGUAAGUGUUGCCUCUACAACCCCCCAAUCGAGCCCUCAAUUGCAGCCCCCACAACUGUCACAGAUGCACAAGAGUACCUCAUCUGGGUCCAGUUCGCAGCCACCACAACAAACUAACGGUCAUGAACAAAAUCAGGGACAUCAUAAGUUGAGUCAAUCGUACUCCUCUAAUGCGAUUCAGCACCCCAGUCAAUUUUUGAACCCGGAGAACGGUUCGCAAGAGUCCGGCCCUCGCAAAGCGUUCAACACCUUCAUGAGUAAGUCUAGAUCCACGAAUAUGUUGGAAUCGUUUGUGUCACAACAACCGCAGAAGAAUAACGACAAUAAAGACGCGCCGUUGUUGACAUCCACAAUACAGAUGAGGGCGAACUAUGAAAACGAGAAAGUGCCGUUGAUUAUCUCAAGAUGUAUCGAAGAAGUUGAAAAGAGAGGUCUUGACGUUGAGGGCAUAUAUCGUAUUUCGGGAGGGAACUCAGCCAUCACGGCGAUCUUGAACUCAUUUCUGGCGCUCUCGGCAAAUUCGAAGCAAGAUAAAAAGCAGACAAAUAAGCUUGCGGACGCAUUGGAUGGUGAUAUACAUGCUGUGACCAGUGCGUUGAAGAGGUACUUGAGGAAGUUGCCUGAGCCAUUGAUCCCAUUCUCUUGCUACGGCGACUACGUGAAGGUAUGCCAGAACGAUAAAGACACUGAUGAAAGAUGCAACGAACUUCAAAACAUUGUGAUCAACAGAUUGCCCCUGGCGAACAAACACGCAUUGUUUUUACUUGCUAAGCACUUGAAUUUGGUUGGCUACUACAACAACGUGAACAGAAUGACUUUGAGGAACCUAUCAGUGGUGAUUGCCCCCACAAUUGCAUGGGAUGCCACAGGAGAAAGGGAAAUGAUGGACAUGGCCCCGCGUAAUGACACGACGGAGUUGCUUUUGCUGAACUUCCUGAGGAUAUUUGACAACUACGAAGAUUCGUGA